AUGGCUACAGAUUGUCCUCCUACCAUUGCCUUAAGAAAGACUGCCAAACUCAGCAAAGAUCAAUCACUCAGCUUUUUAGAGGGAUACGUUCGAAAGAUUGAGCAAUUUCAAGAUGAAAAGUCAGGAAGUGAAAGUGUUUUAUCUCAAUUGACUCGAGUUUUGAUGUAUUUGCGAGGUGAAGAUGUUCCACUCCUUGCUAGCAAUCCAGUCAACGAUACUCCAUCAACGAAAGAAAUAGUUGAGGAAACACCUAGCAAAUCAGAAGAAACACCUUCAAAAAAGCAUGGCCGUGAAGAAGACAUGGCUGCCGUAUCGAAAGAGGAGCGGAAGCGUUUGAAGAAAGAGCAGAAAAAGUUAGCACGAAGAGAGAAAGAAGAAUCUCGUAAAGCAGGCCAAGAAAAAGAACCCCAAGAGGAUGAAGAUAACCAACAUGAUGAGUAA